AUGAACAGACUCUUUGGAACCAAGAACACUGCGCCCAAGCCGUCACUUAACGAUGCUGUUAAGAACAUCGACGAGCGUGUUGGAUCGCUUGACGUGAAGCUUUCCAAGAUCAACUCGGAAUUGUCCACGUACCAACAAAAAAUCAGCCGGAUGAGAGACGGUCCAGGAAAGAACGCUUUGAAACAAAAAGCAUUGAAACUCUUGAGACAGAGAAAGCAGAUUGAGGCUCAGAAGGAGCAGUUGGAGAAUCAGCUGUGGAAUAUGACUUCUGCUUCGAUGACUACCGAUAACCUCCAAAAUACCAUGAUCACAGUGGAUGCUAUGAAGACUGCCAACAAGCAAUUGAAAAAGACUUAUGGUAAGAUCGAUAUUGACAAGAUAGAGCUGUUGCAGGAUGAAAUGUUGGAUCUUAUAGAGAAGCUGAACGAGCUUCAGGAGUCUCUUCUGACAAGUUACGAUGUUCCUGACGACAUAUCCGAGCUGGAAUUGGAUGCUGAACUCGAUGCUUUGGGAGAGGAAAUGGACUUUGAGUCUGAGAUGAACGAAUCAGGAUUGGGCGUGCCUAGUUACUUGAACGAUGCCGAACCAGCGCCCGACAAGUUGCCUGCUUUUAUUGAUGAGCCUGAAGAGGCCGAGAAGGUUGCUAAUUAG